CACUCUCGGGCCAUUUAUCUCCAACCAGCCUUGUCAGCAACCGGACCCUGCAACACCAAGUGAUGACGACAAGACUCGCGAGCAUACGAGUUUCAUGUGCAAGUUCGGGUAUUGCUCAUCAACCAACCCAAUUGCAGCAUGGAUCGCACGAUCCCCACCGAUGUCAAUGCGUUGUUCGGAAACCUUGGAUUCCAUUCGCACAUGGGGUUCAACAAUUACUUAAUCGUUUUUAUUUCCUUUUCCAGUCCUGUGUACCAUCUUGAUUGUUAUCAUCCACAUUUGGGAUUUGAGCUUUAUCUGAAAUCGACGGCAUGUAUAAUAGACUUAAUAUACCCAGCGGCAUUUCGCAUUCUUGGCUGCGCUUUGACAUUGCUAAUGAGACUAUCAAAUUCUUUGACCAUUCACUUCCUAUCUUGCAAUCUUAAACAACGCAUACUGUAGUACUGUAAGCAUCUCAUGAUAACUGCAUUGCAGCAUUGCAUGGUGCAUUGCUUGAGUAACCUGUGUGACCGCGGGGAACUCCCCCUCCCUAAAGAAGAUCGACAGGAAGCACACACAGACAGCAGC